AUGCGUUCCCUUUUUACAACCGUGCUUGCGUUAGCAUCUCUGGCUUUGACUACAUCAGGUGUACCUCACCAUCCUCAGCCUGAAAAGAGACAAUACUAUGGCAAUCCAGCAAAUACUGUAGAACGACAAGCUGCCGUAAAAGAGGCAUUUACAUUCGCUUGGGAUGGAUACUAUAAAUAUGCCUUCCCUCAUGACGAACUUCAUCCGAUUGCAAAUAGUUACUCGGAUUCAAGAAAUGGAUGGGGAGCCUCUGCUGUCGAUGCAUUCAGCACGGCAAUUUUGAUGGAAAUUCCAGAAAUUGUGGAUGUAAUUUUAGAUUGGAUCCCAACUAUUAAUUUCGACAAUACGACUUCCGAAGUCUCAUUAUUCGAAACUACUAUCAGAUAUGUUGGUGGGCUACUUGCAGGUUAUGAUCUCCUCAAAGGACCUUUUACCAAACUGAAUUCCAACCAUACAGCCGUUGAUGAAAUUCUCAAACAGGCAGCACGCCUAGCUGAUAAUCUUGCGUUUGCAUUUGAUACACCUUCGGGAGUGCCAUACAACAACCUUUACUUCAACCCUCCCCGCACUGAUGGCUCGACGACCAAUGGAAUAGCCACAAUCGGCACACUGGUUCUCGAAUGGACCCAUUUAUCCGAUCUGACCGGUAACAAGACUUAUGGUGAACUUACACAAAAGGGAGAAUCUUAUCUUUUGGAUCCUAAGCCCAAAUACAAUUCGCCAUGGCCUGGUUUGCUCGGCACAAACGUAGAUCUCAGCACAGGACUUUUCCAAGACGCAAGUGGAGGUUGGGUAGGUGGCGAUGACAGUUACUACGAAUACCUCAUCAAGAUGUAUGUGUAUGACUCAACUCGAUUCGGCAAAUACAAGGAUCGAUGGAUCGCAGCUGCAGACUCGUCCAUCAAACAUUUGGCUAGCCACCCUUCUACUCGUCCCGAUUUGACGUUCAUGGCCGCUUAUAAUAACAAAACACGUCUUCUUGUCUCUGAGCAUCGUAAGAACUCCCUCCAACAAUUACUUGGCUAUAAAAGAUGGCAAACAUUCGUGCCUGAGAUUGUUGCUUGUUUCGACGGAGGUAAUUUCCUCCUCGCAGGUCUCGUACUCAAGGAACAAAAGUACAUUGAUUUCGGACUCAAGCUCGUCACCGGCUGCGAAGAUACAUACAAUAGCACACUCACUGGUAUUGGACCUGAGAUCUUCCGGUGGGUAGAAAAGGACACCUAUCUCAAUGAUACCAGCAAUCCUCAACCAUCUGCCGACCAACUCGCUUUUUACAAAGAAGCUGGCUUCUAUAUCAGCAAUUCGCAGUAUAUCUUGAGACCCGAAGUCCUCGAGUCUUUUUACUAUGCCUAUCGUAUUACUGGUGAUCAGAAGUAUCGUGACUGGAGUUGGAAUGGCUUUGUUGCGAUUAAUGCGACUGCAAGAACCGGUAGUGGAUUUGCUGAACUUCAAGACGUUAAUGCGCCGAAUGGAGGUGGCUUUGGUGAUUUUCAGGAUAGCUUCUUGUUUGCAGAGGUUCUGAAAUAUGCUUACUUGAUACAUGGAGAUGAUGAAGAAUACCAGGUUGGAAGCGGCGGUGUCAAUCAAUGGGUAUUUAACACCGAAGCGCAUCCCUUCAAGGUCGCCGGUCCUCCCAUCUAA